AAAUGGGGAUCCCAGCAGUCCAUCGAACGCAUUCAGGCAGUUCCGGGUUCGCGGGAUAAGGGGCACUUGGCCCCACGCGACUCAACUACAGCACUCGUCAUCUAUCGUGAUAAAAUUGAUAGAAUAGAUAUUUUAAUACACCAAGUAGAUUCAAGGAAUAGCAAUUGUGCGAUACACAAGCCCGCCGUGUCUCGAUCAAGACGCCCUUAUUCAACACCAAAAUAGAAACUGUAAUUUAUAACCCUAUCUGAGAUCUCAAGCAAGCCUACUUAAUCCAACGCCUUCAGCUCAUAGACCAAGUCAAUAACAAUGCCAACCCGCUACCCCAGCCGCGACGUCGACUCGUCACCUUUGGGCGCACCCCUCUCAUUCCCCUUCUCCACCACCAUCGCCCCCAACCGCUUCAUGAAAGUCGCCAUGACUGAGCGCAUGGCGACCUGGGACCCAGACGACAUGAGCGCGAGCGGCAUACCCACUACCCAAUUAUGCAACCUCUACGGGCACUGGGGCGACGGCGGCUGGGGCACCAUCGUGACGGGCAAUAUCAUCGUCGACACGACGCACCUCGAAGCGCCCGGGAACAUGAUCAUAACCCCCUCUGAUCCUUUCUCUGGCCCACGCUUCGAAGCAUACCAGAAACUCGCCAAGGCCGGCAGACGCGGCGGCGCCGUGUUCCUAGGCCAGCUAAACCAUCCCGGACGGCAAACCGCGCAGGAGCACCAACCUAACCCCGUCUCCGCAUCGGACGUCCAACUAACAAAAGGAUACGGCGCCAUGUUCCGCUACGGCAAACCGCACGCAGCAUCAGCAGACGAGAUCCACGCCAUAAAAGCCUCCUUCAUCCACGCAGCCGUAUACCUCGAACGUGCCGGAUUCUCCGGGAUCCAACUCCACGCCGCGCACGGGUACCUAUUCGCGCAAUUCCUGUCGCCAACGACGAACCUCCGCACCGACACCUACGGCGGCACGCUCGAGAACCGCGCGCGUCUAAUCACCGAGAUUGCAUCCGGAAUCCGCGAUGCCACAAGCCCCGGCUUCGUUCUCGCGAUCAAGAUCAACAGCGUCGAGUUCCAAGACAGCGGGUUCGCGCCGCUGGAAGCAGCACAUCUAGUGCAGCUCCUGGAAGCGCACCGCUUCGACCUAGUGGAGCUCAGCGGGGGCACGUACGAGGCGCCGGCGUGGCACCACAAGAAGGAGAGCACCAGGCGGCGCGAGGCCUUCUUCAUCGAGUUUGCGGACCUCAUUGUGCCGCAUGUGUCUCUUGCGCGGUGCUUUAUAACAGGUGGGAUACGGACGGUCGGGGCGAUGGUAGAUGCUUUGGCGAGCGGGUUGGAUGGAGUUGGGCUGGGACGCCCGAGCACGACGGAGCCGAGGCUGCCGUUGGAUGUGCUAGUGCAUAGGUGUAAGGGGUGUAUUAAGCCGCUGGUGGGCGAUACAAAUGUCGUUGGCGAGCAGAACUCCUGGGCGCACGGUGCUUCGCUGGCUGGUGCUCAUAUGCGCCAGAUAAGCCUCAACCAAGAUCCGGUCGACCCGUCCGACCGUGCCGCGGCAGAUGCCUUCCUCGAGGGCUUUCGGAAGUGGGUUGCGGCGCUGCCGACGAUAUCGAAGAGAGAGGUGCUUGACCAUGUUAGGAUUGAAGGGGUGGCGACGAGACCUUAUGGAGCUAUAGAACCACUAAUAGCUUGAGCUCAGGGGGGUAUUGGUAAUACCUAAUUAGACCCUUUUUCUUAGAGAUUAUUGUUCGAAACUGGUGUUACCCUAGAAUUACUAAAUAACUGUAUUGGUACAUUACCAAUGUUAACUUUGCCGCAUAUUUAGUGGUCGUCCUAUAUGGUAAUAUAACUACAUAGACUUCUUGCGCGACUAGCAUUCAUUACAUAGUCCAAGAAGACUAUUUUACGCGUACGAGCUUGUACUAGCCAUAUUUCGUUAAUUUAAGAUGCCUGCUCAUAUUAAGUACAUAUGGUCGGCGAUCUCACCGGUUCCUUGCAGUGUUCAUCUUGCACUAUGGCAAAUAUUUGUAGUCGUCAGUCGUUAUAGCCGCAAAAGCCU